GAUGCCCUGCUGUGGCAAAAUAGCCUGCUUGACAAUUGUGUACAGCUGUUGGUUAAAGCGAAGUGCAUGAACAUUCGUAUUGAGCUCACAGAGGAAAUGACAUAAUGACACUCUCAAUACGUCCCUGCCCACCUUCCAAUGCUCUUCUCGUUGCGGCUUGGUGCUCGGGUGUGGUCACGUAUUCCGUUCAAUACCAACUCUGGAAUCUAUCUCAGUCUGCUCUGUUCAACUUAAAACACACCUCUAGCUUGGAUAAUAAUGAGACGUCUGCGCCAGUAUUAACCGAGCAAGAAAAAAGGUUUUGCUGUAGACUAGGGAAGUGAAGACUACACAAGAAAGAUGGGAUUCCUUAAAAUGCUUAAAACUCAGUUCCUGUGUCAUCUCAUUAUCUGUUAUGUCUUCCUGGUCAGCGGGUUUAUUAUCAACCUGCUGCAGAUUUGUACUCUACCACUGUGGCCAAUAAACAAGCAACUCGCACGCAAGAUCAACUGCCGAUUGGCUUAUUCCAUUUCCAGUCAGCUGGUGGCACUGUUGGAAUGGUGGUCCGGGACAGAAUGCACUCUUUACACAGACCCUGAAAGCUUUUCUUACUUCGGCAAAGAGAACGCCAUUGUGGUCCUCAAUCACAAUUUUGAGAUUGAUUUUAUGUGCGGCUGGACCUUUUGUGACAGAUUUGGUGUUUUAGGGAGCUCAAAAGUCUUGGCAAAAAAAGAGCUUUCUUAUGUUCCUGUCAUUGGCUGGAUGUGGUACUUCCUGGAGAUCGUCUUCUGUAAAAGGAAGUGGGAGGAGGACCGUAAAUCGGUCGUGCAGAGCCUGCAGAACCUGCGUGAUUACCCAGAAAAAUUUUGGUUCUUGUUGCACUGUGAGGGCACACGAUUCACAGAGAAGAAGCACAAGAUCAGUAUGGAGGUGGCAGAGAAGAAAGGUCUACCCAAACUCAAGUACCACCUUCUACCUCGAACCAAGGGCUUUUGUGUCACAGUCCAGAACCUCAGGGGAACGGUUACUGCUGUGUACGAUUCUACGCUUAAUUUCAGAAACAACGAAAUGCCAACGUUAUUAGGGGUGCUCAACGGAAAAAAGUACCAUGGCGCUUUAUACGUGAGGCGGAUUCCUCUGGAGUCGAUCCCCGAGGACGAGACGGAAUGUGCCGCCUGGCUCCAAAAACUCUAUCAGGAGAAAGACCAGUUCCAGGAGCAUUACAGUCAGACCGGUUAUUUCCCGGGGCCCGUUAUGAAUGCUCCGUACCGACCCUGGGCCCUGCUGAACUGGUUAUUCUGGGUCUGCUUGCUGGUCUACCCUCUUUGCAUAAUAGCGUUACGACUGCUGUCAGGGUCAACCUUUACAGUGCUGUCUACGUUUUUCUUCUGUAUAGCAGGUAUUUGGGUAAACAACUGGGGUGGGUGGUUCUUUUUUUCUAUUGUUAUAACAAUAAAACACAGAGACAUUUACUAUUGGGGCAGAAAAAGGAAUUAUCCACUGCUGCUACAGUAUUUUCAUUCAAUCUGUUUUUCAAAAAUUUUAAUAAACGGAGGCCUGUUUGGUGUUAUGACAGUAAGUAUAUCAACCACUUCUAUCUGCAUUUAAUGCAUGGUGCUCGAUUCAUAAAUGCAUGCAUUUUAUUGCAUUUUUUGAGUUUUCCCCAUUUAAGGUGUCACUGCAUGCAAGAACGGGUUUAAAUUUUCAUUUCAGAUGUAAAAGUUUCAUCUAAACACUGAAUGCACACUUAAGAGCGAGUUUUAAGCUACAUGAGCUAUACACCGAGAAACCAUGUAUCAGAUAUUCAGUUUAAAUGAAGCUUUCAUUGCAGCAAUAUACGUUUAACUUCAUUUUUGCUUAGUAUGGGGUUCCCACUCAUUUUAAACCAUUUCAAUUUCUUUCACACGUUUACUCAAUCUUUCUGAGCCAAGACCUUUUCCUUUAUUUCUGGAAUUACUAAAUCCCCUGCCUGAUAUUUUCAGGUUUUUCAUUACAGUGGGAACCUUGUCAGUCAGUAUUAUAAUAGUGACAUGGUUAAAAAAAUUAAUUUUUAUUUAUAUAAAAAAUGGCUGUUGUGCAGUGUCACUGACAAACAUUUUCCUUAAUUUUCAGCAUCAGCUGGUAUCCGCUGGAUGAUUGGACAAACUGAGAUUGACAGGGGCUCGAGCUACGGAAACAAGGAGGCGCAAAUGAACAACAAGUGAGAGAAGCACGGGAGCAACAGGAUCGUGCUUAACGUACCGUGAUGUAGGUCAUUGACAUGAGGGCAUUCACAAAACUGCCGUUUGGCAACUAAAACUGCUCACCUGAGUGAAAUUUGAGGAAUCAGUGACGAAAGGAAGGAACUUGAUGUCAACAGUGUAACACUCACGCAAUGUUUUUUUUAAGAAACAAGUAGGCGAUUUAAAAAAGGUCUGUUUAUUUAAUAUUAUUCUUUAAAUAUUGCAAACACUGUUUGAGGAGCAGAGAACCAGCAACAUUGAUGCCUGUGUAAGAGCAUGUUUUCUGUGUCCACCUGUCCUGAGUGCAGCAGCGGAAAGGCGGAGUCAGACUGGCUUCUUUUUCCCUCUCAUUGGUUGGUUAUGCUUAUAUCCACUCGGAACGUAAAGGCACGACGUUGACCGGGAGUCGGCCGGGUCGACGCAGCACAACUAUUCAUAGGCUUAAAUAGGAUUUGUUAACAGCGGGCUUUGCAGCAAGGCAAACAAAAAUACCAUAUUUAACUGAGAAAUAAACACAUUUAAACCUCA